GCGUUCACGCCUCCUGAAUCGCGCGGCCGCGGCGGUGUCUGAGGACAGCAGCAGCUCUCGCGCACUUCGACCGAACAAGAACUCGGUAUUUUUAGCGCGCGGUUCGUGUUGCAGCGUCGCGAGGAGCCGCUCGUCUCUGCGCCACAGAGGGUCCACGCACCGCACUGACUGCGCGUGGAGUUUGCGGGUCCGGUCGGAAGAUAGCGGGAGCACCGACACCGGGCAUCCGGACGGAGCUCUUAUCACGCAUCACAGUAUCAUCACUUCGCUGUCGGUGGAACGGCCUGCCCGGUGAUGGCGAGCCCCGCAGCCUGUCUAGAGUCCCCACCGCGGGAGCAGGCGCCACCGGAGCCAAACCAUCCCGAACCAGCCUGCCUGGAAGCGCAGAAAUGGAUCGAGGCGGUAACAGGGAAGAGCUUUGGAGACAAGGACUUCCGCAGCGCUCUGGAGAACGGCAUCCUGUUAUGCGAGCUGCUGAGUGCAAUCAAACCAGGGCUGGUCAAGAAGAUCAACAGACUGCCCACCCCCAUCGCCGGCCUGGACAACCUGUCAGUCUUCCUGAGAGGCUGUGAGGAGUUGGGCCUCAGGGGCUCCCAGCUGUUUGACCCCGGCGACUUGCAAGAUACUUCCAUACGAGCUAACCUCAAGGACUCCGACUGCAACCGCAAACUAAAAAAUGUGCUGAACACAGUUUUCUGGCUGGGAAAGGCUGCCAGUGGCUGCGCCUCCUACAGCGGCCCGACGCUCAACCUCAAGGAGUUUGAAGGGCUUCUAGCUCAAAUGAAGGUGGAGAGUGAAGAAGGAGGGGACAGUCCUCAGAAACGUAGCGUCAGAGACAGCGGCUACGACUGCUGGGACUCUGAGAGAAGCGAGUCUCUCUCUCCACCGCGACACACCCGAGACAACUCCCUAGACAGCCUGGAUUCCUUUGGCUCCCGCUCGCAGCACAGUCCUUCUCCUGACGUGGUGAAUCGAGGAAACAGUGAUGGGCGAAGCAGCGACUCGGAGGCUGAAGCCAACAGGAAGCCAGAUGUGCGUAAGGACGACAUGUUGGCCAGACGGACUGCCAGCGGUGAAUCGAGAAGCUCCAUCCCCUUCAACCAGUUCCUUCCUAACCGAACCAACGCCAGCUCCUACAUCCCAGCUCCGCGACGAAAACCGCAUCCAGAAGACGGAGAACAGCGGAGGAUGAGCCGACGAGUUGCUUUUAUGUCUGAGGACACUGAGAGCGUCAGCAUGAGUGACAUACUGAACGAGGAAGAGGUGGGACAUUUACCGCCACUGAGCCAAUCGCGAUAUGAACGAAUGCACGAGCAAUACAACAACUUUCAGGAGGACGAGGACCACUGGCAAGACGACUUGGCUCGCUGGAAGAAUCGACGCCGCAGCGCAUCGCAGGAGCUCAUCAAAAAAGAGGAGGAGAGGAAGAGGCUGGAGAAAAGGCUGAAGGAGGAGGGAGGUGAUAAGAGAAAAAGCAUCAAGACGUACAAAGAGAUCGUUGAGGAGAAGGAGCGCAGAGAAGCAGAAUUGUGUGAAGCCUACAGAAGUGCAGCGACACCAGAGGAGGCGGCUUUGGUUUUACAGCGUUACGCUCUCCGCUUCACCAUCAGCGACGCAACACUGGACAGCCUAAAACUGCCCAGAUCAAAACCCAAACAGGACUUAAUUCAAGUGGACAAGGAGCACAAACCAACAUCCCCUGUUAAUAACUCUGAGACGUCAGAGCCUCUGCACAAACCAGAAUCAACCAUUACAGCAAACCAGAAGCACACAGAACCUGAGGAGAUGGAGACAGCUGAUAAAGAAGAGAAAACAGCUGCCACCAUCAUCUCCACCAGCUCUCCAGCGCCUAGCAGUCCCGUCUCCACGGUCACAAACUCACAAAAUGUGCCACCUCAGUCACUACAGCUUUGCAAACCACAGACACAAAUGACAGAGUCUCCGUCUACACAUCAGAACCAGAUUACAGGAGAUGCUCAGCCUCAGACCAAACAAACUUCACCUCAGGCUGCAGCUCAAGUGCAGCCUGCACACACUGUCCCCUCCCCUCCAUCUGUCUCCUCCAGACCCGUCCCCCUGCUGGCUGCCAAACCCUACUGCCAGCCCAGGAGCACACAGUCUGGACACAAACCGGUCAAGAUGGACGGGCUGGUGCGAGUUAAUGGAGACGCAACGGAGGAUUUAACUGCUUCCAUCCCACCUACCUCCCCUCCGCAGUCACCACAGGAGAUCAAAGAUAUUCCCCCCAAACAGACGGAGAAGGAUCUUCCGCCGGAGGAGGCUGGAAAAAGUCCAGAGCCGACAGAGCAGCCGCGACCUCCAAAGGCAGAGAAACCGACCUCGUCUUCAGCCUCGGCCAUCAGCUCCCUGAUUGGAGGCCGAAACUGCAUCAUCACAACGACCAUUGUGACAGAACUCACACAGACUGUUGUGGAGCCACUUCAGCCAGAACCCCAAAGCAACGGACAGGUUGCGACUAGCGACUUGUUGGAGAGUCCACUGGAAGAAAAAAAUGCUCAUCCAGCAGCUUCACCCAACAGCAUGCAGGACUAUUCUCCCACUGUCACGGAAAGACUUGAGGAAAGCAGUGUGAGCGAGCAAUAUGAGAAAGAGCAGGAGAAGCUGAAGAAGGAAUGGGAGAAAGCUCAGCUGGAGGUGCAGGAGGAGGAGAGGAAACACAAUGAAGAGGAGAGGCGGAUUCUGGAGGAGACCGUCACGCCACUGAAUCCCACCGGCUUGUUGAACCAGCAGUCAGGACAGACAGCGACGCCUUCGUCAGCCCCACAAAACAACGACACCGGGGGAAGAAAUGUUGCCCCGCAGCACAACGGCCAAAGAAUCUCCACAGGGAACGAGGAUCAGCACGCAUCCAAGCUGCAUUUUUUCCAGGAUUCUGCCUGUGAUGGUGAACCGUCAAAGAAACAGGAACUUUGGAAAACGGCCUCUCUGGACCGCAACCCUCAGCUGAACCAGGCACAGAUUGUUAAAAGAUCUGGAUCCCAUGAUGCUGUAAUAAGUAAACAGCAGUCCUCUCCUUCAACACCUCAACCUCCCUCCCCCACCAGGUGUGUUAGUGGAAAGAGACUCUGUUCUGGUUGUUCUCAGCCUCUGGGAAAAGGAGCUGCUAUGAUCAUCGAUACGCUGGGACUGUUUUUCCACAUACAGUGCUUCAAGUGUGGGGUGUGUAAGGGGCAGCUGGGUGACGCCACUGCAGGGACUGAUGUAAGGAUUCGCAAUGGACUGCUGAGCUGCCAUGAGUGCUACAUUGCAUCUCGGGGCAGGGGUCAGCCCACUACUCUAUGAUGACCUCCUUUUGGAACUGGAACCUCUCCUUCACAGUCAGUGAUUGGAUGAAGAACAAUUAUAAAACCCUGAAUCCCAUCGUGGAACAGUCCUGGAAUCCUCAAAGCUUUGGAAACUUCUUUUUUUUCUUUCUUCCUGAAAUGCACAAACAGCCAGGACGGGUGUUCAUGACAGAGGAACUGAGAGACGUGGACUAAAUGGCACCACGACAUGCACAUACAGCUCUAUAGAUGUACUUCUUAAAGGUACACAUGUAUACACUUCUUUUUAAUAUGUGUAGCAUGGCUGUAAUCAAGAAAUCAGUAUGUUUAGGCCUUUGCACAUCCAUGCAAGACACUUAAAUAAGGGUCUCUCCUGUAUCAAGCUGAACAUGUUGUGCUAAAAGUUGAACACUGCUGUUUUGAACACAUUGGUCCUCAUUAGCUCCUGCUUCUGCGCUGAUCAUGAGACUCCACUCCCAGAGUGUGAUGCAAAGUGGUUCGGGUUGGACGACCUGAAGUAGCUUGACCAUUAUAAUGCCUUACUCAUACUUUCUCGUUCUUUUUGGAUUUUGUGUUUACAGUUUUGCAUGAAAAAAGAGCAUAUAUAAGUUAUUGUGAGUACUGCUCAGACGGAUAGUGAGUUUUUGUUUUCUCAGCGGUGGAACUUUUAACUGUUCUCUUCUGUGUUGUACAUCAUCAUGACAAUUUUGCAUUUUUUUGGAAAUCUGGCUGACUUACACGAGCUUUUUCUUUAUGAAUCAUUUUGCAGGAAUGAGAACGCAUGUUAAGUGAUAAUACUUGUUCUUUGGAUUUUAAUAUUUUCCCUUUAGGAUGUUUUAGCCAUCGUUUCUUCUCAUAGACUGACUUCAUCUGAAUCGGUGCCUUAUGUAACGAAUGCGAGGGCGAGUGUACAGGAUGUGCAGGAGUAUUUCACACUCACACUGACCUCUGGGUCUCGGCACAUGGUGUGUGUGUGUGUGUGUGUGUGUGUCAUGAGUGUGUGCAUGUAUAGGUAUGAAUGCAGCGUGUGAUUUGACUUGAAGCACAGUUCCAUACCAGCAAAAAAUAAUAAUGUUAAAUGGAUCAGCAUCUCCUAAUCACCUGCUGUCCUCUUCCACUCCCUUCAAUGAACAAAACCAAUGACACAGAGUUAUUUGCUGCUUCCCUGUUAGUCGUUCCCCAAUCUUACGACAGUCUGCAGUGUCCUAAAGUCUCUCCUCGUCUGCCUCCAUCACAAGUGUUGCCUCCCCAGAGUCUGAGCUUCUGUCUGUACACCUGACAGCAUCUUCAUCUCUCAGAGGAACAGAGCUCAGUUUGUUGUCUUUUAUAGCAACUGUAUGUUUAUCAAUAAAAUAUUUUAAAUGGGA